CUCAACCACAUCCACAAUUGCCAUCCAAUCCUUUUUCCGAAUUCUUUCUACCCCUACACAUCUCUCUGGGUUUUAUACUAUAAAAAAUAAAAAAUAAAAAAUAAAAAAUUUCAGUCCAUCUCCAUGAACCAAUUAUCCAAUAUAAAGUCAAAAAAUCAUAUUCUUUUUUUCACUUGUCCAGCAAUAAAUUUCUCUGCUUGUCAACCAUAGUUAUAAUUUCUCUUUAGCAUGCCAGGAACCAUAUCAGUUUCAGUUCUGGAAUUCAUGGGCCUUCCAUUUUCAUCCCCAUUUUCAUCAAUAUCUAUAAAGGUUUCCAUGGGGAAAAGAGAGUAUCAAACUUGGGAUAAGGGAGAGUUUUCCUUCCCAUUGAUGACACUCCGCGAUAAUUUGAUCGUUCUUCUUCAGGAUGCUGAAGGCAAUGAGAUAUCACAUGCAGUUGUGGAAACCAAGUCAAUAGUCGAGAAAGGUCUUUGGGAUGAUUUUUUUCCCCUUGAAGGAGGAGGGCAAGUGCAUAUGAAGUUGCAGUUUAUACUGAAUGAAGAUGAGCGCAACCAAAUUCGUCUAAUGAGGGAAUCCUUACUGAAUAAGAAACAUGGUGAAUUGUUUAAUGACCCAAUCAAAAGUUUGAAAAGUGCUGCUACAGCUGUUGGGAGAAAUGCAGCAUCAUCUUUGAGUCUGAAACACCAUAUCUCAGAUAGAAAUGAAGAAACUACAUCAGCAAUGAAAGUUGAAGCUCAAUCACUCCAUCCUAAUAUGAGUAUUAGUGCAAUUUGUUUGGAUGAAGCAUCUUUCUCACUAGGAAGUUCAGAACUAGUUGUUCCCGCUAGAAAUCCUCUAUGUCUUCAAGAAGGCAGCACUGAAGACCUCAAGAGGCAGGGAUUGAGGGAAAAAGCUUCUAACAAUGUUAGGAAAAUGAUUAGUGCCUUUGAAAGUAGUCUAGCUCAGGAAACUAGGUCUCACAUCAUGCCAAAUAACAUAAAAAGAGCACAUAGCACUGGGAAGCUGGAGGAGCUGAGCAGCGCAAUGAUAGUACGAAAUAAUGAAAAAAAUAUUAGUCCAAAGAAUAAAGUCAACCAAAAUUGUGAAAUUCUGAUGAGAACAUCCUCAACCCUUGAAACACAUGUCGCUGAGUCAAUGGCUUUGCAGCUUAGGCGCCAAAAUUGCAAUUUGUUAAGUAGGAAGCAACGUUCCGAUGGCAAUAUAGUUAUAGGGGAGAACCAAAUAGAUGUUACCUCCAAACAUAAUAAAAAAUUGGACAGUCAAGGAACUUUGGCUCAUAAAUUGGAUUCAGUAGUAUCCUUCGAAGAUUUACUGAGUUCUUUUGAGGGCUCUGGUGCAUGGAUAUGCCCAGAUCAAGCAAAAAGGUUCUGCAUAACAACUGGUGGGAAGAAGUUGAUGGAUCUAUUGGGAGGUCAAAGUACCAAGCCGGACAUUCAUGAUGCAAAGAUGAAUUUUCCUAUGCCUGAGAAAGUGGAAGAGCCUAGUGGUGAUAACAGAAGAAAGCCUGAAAACGAGGAUGUUGAAGCUUCUGAAGGAACACUCAAACAGGCCAUAAAAAUCGCAAUUAUGGUAGGAUUUGGCACACUUGUUUUGCUUACAAGACAGAGAAAUUACAGAUAAAUCAAGUAAAAUGGAAAAAGAAAGGUGGUGGUGAAAUCUAAUCUAUGGUCAUCGUGAUCAUCCAUCAGAUGGAACAAGUGUUUUAGAUCUCCGCAAUACCUUUUAGUUCAACAAAAUAAUGCCAAAGAAGCAGAUGUGAUUUUCUGUGGUGCUUAUAACACAAUAACAUGUAAAGUUAUUUACCAAAAAAAUAAAUAACAUGAAAAGUUAUCUAUUAAUUAAAUCGUUACAUCAACUAUUACGUUCA